AUGCCCAACACCCCUGACCUGCAGCCCGUCGCCGAUGAUACGACAAGGUCAUUGGUCGCUCCAACAAGACCAGGGCUUCAACGGUCCCUCACCAAUGCCAUCUGGACUUCGGACGUAUCAACGUCCUAUCAUUAUCAGCUGAACGCAAAAUGUCAGGAAUUCGUGACUCGGUACUUAGGACGAAGUCUCAUUUCUCCAGAUGAUCCUAGAGUAGUGGAAAUGAACCACAAGCUCUUAGUACUAGCCUUCACGCACCCUUUCUUGAUGCACGCCUCCAUAGCGGUGGCGUUUGCGUAUGACCGCCAUCUGAACAGCUCGUUAGGUCCUCGUCGCAGUCUAGAGGAGUGCUAUCACUGGUCUCAAGGCACAGCUCUCUUCAACAAGCGGUUAAGGCAGCCUAUUAGGACGGAAGAUAAGGACGCGAUCUGGGGCACUGCGGCUGCUCUGGCCAUCCUGGCCUUCUGUUCCCCCGAUGCCUGCACUCCGGAGGAAUCGUGGCCUCUUAAACCCUCCGACUCCUCCGGAUUGGAGUGGUUGCGUAUGAACAGAGGCAAAAUGUCAUUAUGGGGUUUAACGAAUCCGUUGCGACCGGACAGUCUUUUCCGCAUCAUGGCGGCGACCUACGCCGAUAUGUUUUCGCCCCUGCCAGAGGGAGGCGUGGAUGGUAUACCCAGGGCCUUGGCUGCUGUGUGUCAUCUUGAAGACUCCUCGACGGCAGAAAGCAACCCAUAUUUCCAUGCUGCCCACGCGCUUUCCCAGCUCCAGGGCCUUCCGGAUAGUCAGGUCACGAUAGGUCAAUCUGAACUCUUCAGGCGCAGCAUCCAUGGGCCCUUUGAAUCCCUGCUGCGGGCAAAAGACCCCGUCGCACUUUUGCUGCUGUUUCUAUGGUACCGCAAAGGGGGACGCAGUAUAUGGUGGAUGGAACUCAGAGCAAGGGUUGAAUGCCCGUCUAUUUGCUCGUACCUACAGCUUUACUAUAAGGAUUACGGCGCUGUACAAGCAUUACUUCCAGAGGGCCGCCUAGCGGAUGGAUGA